UGCGCACCAGCCCAUCUUCGCUGGUCCGGAGCAAAACGGGCGGCGGGGUCGUUUCCGCGCGGGCGGGAUUCCCGGCGCUGCGGCGGGGCGGAAGAGCGGGCGGGAAAACGGAAGGAGUUCCUGAGCCCGCCAACCUCCUGCCAAGUGGAAGAAGAGUGUAUGUGAGAGAGACUCCUUUACCAAAUCACGACGCUGUGCUAAUGAAGGAAGGGUGUGGGGAUUGGAGUGAGCCUGUAGUCAGAGGGUCCUCGGGUGUCGGCCAGAGGGCGAAGGCCCUUCUGCAAGUGCGUGGAGCUGAGAGAUGCAGCCCAGGCGAGGGAACCAUGAAUAGUUCCCAGAUCCCAUGUCAACGCCAAACCCUCAGCUGCUGGUGGCAGCUGCUCAGCAGACCUUGGGUGUGGGAAAGAGACGGGGCCCACCCCAAGCCACCUGCCUUCACCUAGCCGGAGAGGUGCUGGCUGUGGCUCGAGGACUGAAACCAGCUCUGCUCUAUGAUUGUAAUGGUGCAGACGCCUCGAAGAUCCAGAGCUAUCUGGAGGAGCUGCAGAGGCUGGGCUUUCUGACCCUGGGACUUCACAUCCUUGAGAUUGGGGAAAACAGCCUGAUUGUCAGUCCUGAGCAUGUAUGCCGGCACUUGGGGGAGGUACUGCUUGGUACCAUAGCCUUUGUGGAUGUUUCUGGCUCCCAGUCUCACCCUUCUAUCUGCUCCCUGGACCAGCUUCAGGACUUGAAGGGCCUUGUGACUGAGAUCAUCGUGCAUUUGCAGGGGUUGCAGACGACCCUAUCCCUGGCAGUCUCCCGCAGCAGGCUCCAUUCCACAGGCUGGAAUUUCUGUACUGUGUUUGGGAUCCUCCUGGGCUAUCCUGUGCCCUACACCUUUCACCUGAACCAGGGAGGUGACAACUGUUUAGCCCUGACUCCACUACGGGUGUUCACUGCCCGAAUCUCAUGGCUGCUGGGUCAACCCCCAGUCCUGCUCUAUUCCUUUAGUGUCCCAGAGAGCUUGUUCCCAGCCCUGAAGGACAUUCUCAGCAACUGGGAGAAGGACCUCAGAACCCGAUGUAGGACUCAGAAUGACUUUGCUGAUCUCAGUAUCUCCUCUGAGAUAGUCACACUGCUGGCUGUGGCCCUCUGAUUAUAACUCUCCUCCUGUGUAGAAGAUGCUCAGUGAAUGAUUAUCUUCUGGGCAGGGAUCAUCUCAAAUACCAGUUUCAGUCCAUUGGCAGUGGCUGUCAUAAGAACAUUAGGGAAGGGUUUUGAGGUUACAUCUGGGCUUAAGAGAAAAGAAUCAUGUGCUCAGUUGGCCACAUCUGCCACGGGCAUAGAAAUCGGUAAUGGUGGUGGUAGCAUCGGUACUACGUAUUUACCAUUUCUUUAUUAGGGAAUCCUCUUGACUUAGCUGUCUAUUUGUUUAUUGGGUAGGAGAUAAAAGGAAAGAGAUGGUAGGAAAGAGGAAGGGUGAGUGGAGAACAAGUAGUAUACCCUUAUAUGGUAGCUUUGUAAAUAUACUUGUUUAUGUGGGUCGAGCCUGCUGAGCAAAUAGAAGGACUAGACUCCUGCUAACAAAAGGUCAGCAGUUCGAAUCCACCAGCUGCUCCUUGGGAGCCCUAUGGGGCAAUUCUACUCUGC